AUGAUAUUAAUUGGUUUACUUUAUUUUAUACUAAUUUCGGCAUCCUCAGCUACCUCAGAGGUCGAUGUUCACUACGUAUUUUUCAGUAAAAGCGAUCCUAACGGAAUUGUAACGAAUAUAACCGAUACACAAAGUAUAUCCAGAACAUCAUUUUCUAAUAAAAAGGACACAAUUUUUUAUAUUCAUGGCUGGCUGGACAAAUUCGACUCCCAUUCUUGCAACUCCGUAAAAAGUGCUCUCCUUGAAAAACAUGACAUCAAUAUAUUCAUUGUAAAUUGGGAUAAAAUUGCUGAUAAUAUUUUAUACCCUCUGGUUUUUGAGAAGGUUGAAGCGACCGGCAAAGUUCUGGGUAACGAUGUAAUAAAUUUUAUCCGAGCAAAUGAUAUAUCGUGGGAUAAAAUUAGUAUGGCCGGGCAUUCUCUAGGUGCCCAUGUAGCAGGAGUAGCUGGACAUGUGCUGGAAGGCAAAUUAGAUCAUAUCGUAGGGCUCGAUCCUGCUGGACCUCUCUACACGAGUGAAAAUACUGAAAAUCGAUUGACAAAGCAUAGCGCUCGAUUCGUUCAAGCCAUACACACCUGCGGAGGACUCUUCGGUUAUUUCAAACAAAUUGGCCACGCAGAUUACUAUCCUAACGGAGGUAGAAGUCAACCUAUGUGUUGGGAGGGACAAUGCUCUCACGUAAAAUCGGUAGAUUAUUAUGUCGAAUCGUUGCUAACUGGACAAUUCAAAGCGAAGCAAUGCGAUAGCUACAAAGACUACGAAAAUGGAAAAUGUGAUGAAGGGAAAGUAUCUUACAUGGGUGAAUACAACAUUGACAAAACAGCAAAUGGCACUUACUUCUUGGAUACCAACAAACAACCUCCGUAUGCCAAAAAUUAAUUUUGUAAUAACUACGAGUAUACGUAUAACUUUGUUUGUUAAUAUUGAGUAGGUAUGAAAAUAAACUCAUUAAAAAAAUUAAACUAAAAAUUAGACAGUUAGAAAGUUAAUUAGCCUGUUUUACGAUGACACAUUGCCAAUCAGAUUAGCUCAAUAUCUCAAGCUUAUCAAUAGUUUCAAUAAAGUAAAAAU